UUACAGGUUGGCCGUCUUGCCGAUGGCGUUGCAAAGAAUACUUAACGCCAAGUCUCUGUAUCUAUGGUAUUGAUCGAUUGCAAUGAGAGAGAGAGGGGUAAAGCUCUAUUGAUUUCUGCCUUUUGCUUUUCAUCACAAUAAAAGUCGGCGUAAACUGCAACCAUAAUUUCUAUUCGAUCGUUUGGAUCAUUGCUUGAAAACCCACAAGUAAGUCCAUUUAUACAUGUUGUACGAAUCAAGCGUUGACACUGCUUCGUUGGUUGAACGCCCCUAAUUUCAUCAUGCAACAACCUCAGAUCUUCUCAAACAGACUUCCCCGCGAUAGAGAUACAUGUAUGAAGAUUUCUGCUUAAUUACUGUUUAUUGCAGAAGACAUCUCAAAGGCAUCGUGAAUUCAGCUCGACUUGAUGAUAUUAUCAAGUGCUGCCGUAUGAGGGCUCAUGAUGAAUAUCAGAUUGUCCAGGAGAAGAAUUAUAGCGCUUGCACUACCAUCACUUGUCAUUCUCCUUGCACUCAGCUACAAAUACCAUCAUGCCAAUGAAAACAUACUACUUCUGAACGGCAGAAAGGACUCAUCUCAGCCUGGAAAGGAGGAUCAAACGUAUGGCGGGGAGCGCAUCAGGGACAGGACAGUAGAAAUUGGAGGAUCGAGAAUACAUCUCGCUGAUAAUCAGCAUCUCGACACAAGUAAAGUCAGACACGCAAAUGAAGAUCAUGAAGAUGGAGCACUGGCUGGACAAGAGAUUGUGCCUUCGCGUCGGUCAAGCAUUUCAGAGGCAACAUCGAGUGGUCACCAAAGUGUGAAACCUCCAACGGGAGAUCUAGCUAUCGGGAACGAACACAUUGGUCCUUUUACCAUUGAAAUCCUGAAAAACAACUAUGCUAAAGAAAUAAAUAGUCACGAUAUUAGGCCUACGUAUGAUCAAUAUAAACAAGUUAAAAGAGACAAGGCAGAUGAUGAUUCUGAAUUCGAAUCACAGACACCCCUCAUGGAUGCUUCAGACGACGAUGAGGAAAGUUCUUAUCUAUACGAUAUGGAGAGUUCGCUGUCUGGUUUAAGUUCACCAGUGAAAGACAAUACUUCGGUUACCAGUGGAAAGUCAUGGACAUCGGCCAUUUCGGCCCAACAGAAUGACGGUGUAGUACGUUCAUAUCAGCAGGUGGUUGAAGAUUUUGGAUCGAAUACUAAUUUAUCCCAAAUCGGGGAAAACCUUAAAAACUAUUCAGCGAGGUCGUCCGAGAACAUGACUUACACUUAUCCCGAUCAGCAGUCUAAGAAUCAGUCGGUUGGUCUGGGCGUUGGCUUCGAUAAACAUAAGCACACACAGUAUUUUCUUUCUAAGACAACACCUCAUCGAAAAGUUAAUUUCUCAAUGAAAGAAGACGUCGUCAUGGAGAUGAUGUCAAAUUACACUCACAUGCCUCCUGUAGAUCGGGCCGAGUUCCUUCAGCUACAGGCGAAUGGUAUCCUCCGAAGAAAUGUGUCACAGAGAUUAUUCAACUUGGCUCCUGAGGUUUUCAUGAAGACUCCACUGGCAUUCAGUACGCAGACCAAGGGACCUUGCUGGUUCGUAAAUAACGUCACAGCUCAGCCUCAUCAGAGGAUGCGAUGCCUUCCUUACUUCUACCUGAUAGGAAUGCCCAAAUGUGGAACAACUGACAUGUAUGAAAAAAUUACCGAACACCCCGCCGUGGUUCGUCUUCAAAAAGAGCCCCAUUGGUGGACAAGAAGAAGAUUUCGAUUAAAGGGCCAAAGGAACGCGAAGAAAUCCUAUGAUGACUACCUUCACCAUUAUUCUGAUUUGGUGGAAGCAAUCUUCAAUGAUGGCAAACCAGAUGUCUACAUAGGAGGAGAUGGUUCUGCAUCCACCAUGUGGAACAACGUCAAGAAUAUGAAGGUCAACCUCCUUCCCGAGAUCAUUCACAAGAUUCAACCUGGGGUAAAACUUAUUGCAGUUUUGAGAGAGCCAGUAGAAAGGUUGUAUUCUGAUUACGUGUAUUUUCAUACCGAAGGGGCAAAUGCUGAAAAUCUACACCAGCUGGUGGAGGAAACUAUAUCCGACUUCACAAAAUGUACAAAACAAUAUCCACUCAGGUACUGUGCUGGACAAAAGACGAGUGCACAAAGAGCUCGGGUAACUCUGGGGUUGUAUUCAGUAUUUCUCGCUGAUUGGUUGAGAGUCUUCCCACGUGACAGCAUUAUGAUUUUUCGGCUACGCGACUGGAACAAGGACUGUCUGACGCUACUCCCAAAAAUAUUCGCGUUCCUUGAAAUCGAAACCCUAAAGGACAGCACUAUCAAAAGGAUAUGCAAAGCGAAAAAGAAGAACGUUACCCACAAAGACAAGUUUCCGAUGCUAAAUUCUACAUUUGAGUUACUCUCUGAUUUUUAUCGUCCUUACAAUAAAGAACUCGCUGCUUUACUCCAAGACGAACGAUAUUUAUGGUUAUAUUAAGUCCAUGCUGCUAAAAGAGACUAUGCCACAGUCACUUUAAAUGGCGCCAUCUCAAGACCUAAACUACCUCGUGAUAGUCCAUAUCCAGGGGUGCAUUU